AUGCCAGCGUCACUCGAAUGUCUACCUGUUGAAUUAUUCUACGAAAUAUUUUCUUAUUUACAAUUGCACGAGUUUCUUCCAGCGUUUUCUAACUUGAAUAAUCGUUUUCUUACCAUUCUAACUCAUACGCCACUUGAUCGUGUCAAAAUAGGUGUCAAUGGUAUGAAUAUGACUACGACACAACUCUACCAUCGAUAUCUUUCCGAACAUCAAACAUGUAGCCAUGUCAAUUGCUUGAUCGUCUCAAAUACGAUGUCAAUUGGAAAUGGUAUUUGGCUUGCUUCACAUCUUCAUUUGUUUACUGGAUUACGCCAACUGAUAUUAUUCGAUAUAGAUCGCGUUGAUUUCGAAUCAAUUCUUAGUGUUUUGUCAUGUCUUAGGCAUUUGAGACGAUUCGAUGUCAAAUUUACUAAAUACGAUGGAGCUGCAUCAACAUACUAUGAUCUGCCUGAGGGCUAUUAUCAUGAACGAAUCUUUCGUUCACUUCCACAACUACAUAUAUGUCAACUUCAUUUUACACCUUUGACGUCCUCAAUGGUCCAUCCCUUUCAGUCUAAUGUUAUUCUCUCGACUGAUUCAUCCUUUGUACCUGUCAACAGUAUGCUCGCGCGAUUACAAUCACUCUCAUUGAGGACUUGUUCGUUUCAUUUUUUGUCGCACCUUGUUCGACAUUUGCCACAGUUGCAAGUGCUUGCCGUCGGGUUAUGUCAAUCUUGGUUUUCCAGCCAAUAUCCAUUGAUGAAUAUAUGUAAUUCUUCUAUUGACGUAUCAAUGGUUCCCAAUUUACAUCGUCUGAAGAUCUUGUGGUCCGGGCGUACCGAUGGUAUUAAACUACCAACUCAGUUAUUUACUCGUGAUGUCUUCUUUCAACUCACAUAUUUCUCAUUGAUCGCCGAAUCUCUCAGUAGUUUAGUUGUUCAAGAAUUAUUAUCAAUGUUAUCUUCUCAAUGCUGUUAUUCGUUCGACCUUCAUGAAUAUCGACGAACAACACCAAUGGAUCUGGAACAAUCGACAAUUAGUAACAUCAUGGUCAACACUUUUCGAACGCUCAAAAGUCGGAAACCGAUGGAAAUUUUAUUCGACACGUGUCGAAAUGGAUAUUAUAUUUGGGCGUAUACAUUACCACGGAAAUGCCGUGAAUUGAAUUUGAGAAGAUAUUGGAAUGUUUCUAAUCGAUUGGCACAAGAUCGAUGGUCAAAUGCUCUUUAUCGUCCAAAACAUUGUUUUCCAUUUGUUAACAAACUAAUAGUCAAUGCAUGUACUUAUCCUGAACUCGUUGAUCAAAUGAUUUCAUAUUUACCAUCUAUCAUCCCGUGGAGUCAAAUUGUUCAUCUAACUAUUAAGGAGCCACUACAAAUGGGACAAUUGCAUUCCAUUUUGUCAUAUACAUCCCAUCUUCAUACAUUAGAAUUAGAUGAAGUUAUCAAUGAUAUUACCGAUCUGCGUGAAAAUGAAAGAUUAUUAACAAUGGACCUUUUAAAUAAUAUUUCAACUUGUGAAAUGCUCAUGACAAAUGGUCUUCGUGAACUUAUUUUUAGAAUUACAAGUGAUACACCCAACAUAAUUGAUAUUGCUCAUAUGAUCGUUGAGCGUCUUCCUCGAUUACAGAUCAUCCAAGUAGACUGUCAUCAUCCUCUUCUACUACAAUUCAUGUGUAUCCUUAUUAAUGGAUUAAAUCAUUUAAGUUUUCUCAUUGUUGAAUGUGGAAGAACAGAUAACAAACUGUAUGAACUAGAAUUGCUUGCUUUUCGAACAGCAAACAUGCGGUCAUUUCGAACGGAUACUCAAGUUUUUGAAAUCGAAGGUUUUCUUCGUGUUUGGCUUUGA